AUGGGAGAUGCGACAGAUGACAGAGGGAUGAGACGGACCUUCAUAGUCCCUGCCAUCAAGAGCUUCGACCACUAUGACUUUACCAGGGCCAAGAUAUCAUGCAGCCUGACGUGGCUGGUGGCCAAGGCUUUCGGCUCGGAUGCAGUACCAGAGGAGCUGGUGGAGCCUUUCUACAGUGAUCAGUACAACCAGGAGCAUCUGAAGCCUCCAGUGGCCUGCCUGCUCCAGUCUGCAGAGCUCUACUGCCGUGCCGGAAGUCUGAUCCUCCGCAGCGAUGCAGUCAAACCUUUACUGGGACACAAUGCUGUCAUCCAGGCUCUGGCCCAGAAAGGCCUGUAUGUGACCGACCAGGACCGACUGGUGACUGAGAGAGAUCUGACCAGCACGCCUAUACACAUGAGUUCCCAUCUGGCGCUUAUAGAUACCCUGAUGAUGGCAUAUACGGUGGAGAUGGUGAGUGUGGAGAGGGUGAUGUCCUGCAUCAACAGGUACUCCUCCGCUGAGCACUCCCAAAGUGACGGCUACAUGCAGGAGCUGCCUUAUGACACAGAGGAUGCAAUCACCACCUGGAUCAACAAGGUAAAUGAGCAUCUGAGGGACAUCCUUGUAGAAGAGCAGAAGCUGAGAGAAGCUUCCUUCCAGGAGUCUAACACAACACACAAAGCUCGCUAUAGACGGGAGCAUGCCCAGCAGAGGAGUGCUCCAUCUCUCCCCCUGGUGGAUAACCUGCUGAAGGACAACACGGACGGCUGCGCCCUGACUGCUCUGCUGCAUUUCUACUGCCCACAGGCCGUCAGACUGGAAGAUAUCUGCCUCAAAGAGACCAUGUCUCUGGCUGACAGUCUGUACAACCUCCAGCUUGUACAGGAGUUCUGCAGGAACAACCUCAACCACUGCUGCCACUUCACCCUGGAGGAUAUGCUCUAUGCACAUGCAUCCAUAAAGAGUAACUACCUGGUGUUUAUGGCUGAGCUUUUCUGGUGGUUUGAAGUGGUUAAACCCUCGUUUGUACAGCCCAGAGUCUUCGACCCGAAUGCCUCUGAGCCUGUAUCAUCCUUCAGAAAUAUGGCUCCUGUAUCCAGCCCAGUUAAACAGAGCUAUGCAGACAGACCUGACAGCCCAGAGAGUGUCCCUGCUGAGGGUGUAAUGAAGAGAGCUACCUCCAUGUCCUACAUGGAUGGCUGUGUUGGUACAUGGCCAAAGGAGAAACGCUCCUCCUCUCGGGGAAUCUCCUUUGAGAUUCCUCUGGAUGGAGAUCCGACCAUGCCAAUUAAUGAAAUUCCCUCCCUCCGCGGUAUGACCCGUUCUGCUAGCAGUGACGGUCUCGGUUUCAAAGUUCACUAUGCAUCUCGAGGAGGCAUGAAGCGCCACCUCUCCCUCAUGCCCGUCAACAACAACAUAAAUGGCCAGAGCCGACACAUUCCAGAGGAAGAUGAAACCUCCCACAAACCACUCGGGCGGAACAACACAUUCUCUAUCAAGAACCAAAGCAGGUACUCUAAUGGAGUCAUCCCCGACAGCAACCACCACCCCAGCAAUCACCAUGAUAACCACAGUGGCCAAAUAAGCCCAUCAUCUCCUCCGAGCAUCGAAGAGGCCCUGAAGAUCAUCCACGACACAGAAAGGCCCCAUGCUAGCCUGGGCGUGGGUCACAGAGACAGUGGCUUCUUUCUUCACGAUGCAGAGACUUCAGACCCUCCAGGACCGUCGGGUCCAGGAGAUGACCAGGGAUCAGCUAAGGCCCGGUUGAAUGACCAUGACCCCAAUUCUGUCUCCACUGAUGAAGUUGACACGGGCAUCCAUGUGAGGACAGAGGACAUUCAAAGCUUGGAUGAGGACUCCUCCUCUCUGAGAGACUAUUCAGAUAUAGACCCAGACUGUGAGGCCAUGACCAGGUCAUGCCCUCUACCUGGCCAGGCGGAGAGUGAAAGAAAUGGGGAAGUAGGACGUACAGGCGUUGGUGAGUCUAGCCCUGCAGGUGAGAGGGGAGAUGGAGUCGACAGGAGCAGCCCGUGCCCAAGUUCAGCACCCACGAUCCCCAGAUCCCACACAGCCAGCCCUGUCUCAUCCUCUGGUGGCUCUGCAGGCGGCAUGGUGCGAAUGACGAGCUUUGCUGAGCAGAAGUUCAGGAAGUUAGAGGGGAGGAGUAGUGGAGGAACAACACCAGAGAGUUCAGAUCUCAAUGUACCAUAUACACACCAGACCAAAACCUUUUCUUCUCAGAUCUCCACACCCCCUUUGCCGAUCACAUCUCCCUCUCCAAUAUCGCCUUCCCCCAGAGACCCCUCCCACCUGAUAGCCUCAGAGAUGAUUCAACUGAGGAUGAAGCUGGAAGAGAAACGCAGAGCCAUUGAAGCCCAGAAGAAGAAGGUGGAAGCAGCUUUCACUCGCCACCGUCAGAGGAUGGGCAGAACAGCCUUUCUGAAUGUAGUGAGAAGAAAGGGAGUCACUGCCCCACUCAGCCCCAGCUCAGGAGGAGCAGAAACACCUUCUCCAGAGCCACUCACAUCCACAAAGGAAACCAGCCAGGGCAGCAUGGAGCGGGCGGAGAGGUGCAAGCCAGACGGAGCAGCUCCCAAAUCGCCUUGUGAGGAUGGAGGUGUGGCUCCAGGUGAAAUCGACCUUGCAGAGUACACACGUUCCAUCGAGAGGCUGAACACGUCACUGGGCUUCCUGCAGACGGAGAUGCAGCGUUUGGCUCAGCAGCAGGAGAAGAUCAUGGCCAUGAGAGAGCAACAUCAACAGUCCUGGGUCAUUCCUCCUCCUGCUCCAUCUCCACACAGGCAGCUCCGUGAGUUACGCAGUAGCAGUGUCACAGGCCGGGGGUCUGGCCGAGGAUCAGUGGGGUCCUUGUCUCCCAUCUUGUCCUCUUCCGGCUCUCCUCAUGCUCCCAAUCGUUCCCCUGCUGGCAUUAAGCGACGGCCAGCCUCCUUCCAUGCCAGGACACCUCGUACUCCACGACCAAAUGAUCUGAAGGUCACACCCUUCAGCCGAAUGCUCAACACUCCCACCUCAGUGGACAGCCUACCCAGACUGAGGCGUUUCAACCCGAGCCAAACACAGACCUGCUCGUUUGCUUACCUGGGUCACGAUGAGGGGAACAGGGAAUUAAAGAGCCGGGAGGCCAAUGACAGCAAAGAAAACACUAAGAACAAAGAAGAUACUACAGCAAACAGGAGUGCAGGCACUUCUCAGUCUCCCACUAAAGAAUCAGCCAAAGAGAAGGAAGAUGAAAGACCAGAGGAGAGGAGAGAGGCAAAGCAGGUCGAAGUCAAAAAGUCGAGGACAUCAGAGGUGUUGUUUCAGCCUGUGUCUGAGAUCCAAGGGGCCGCAGGUAGCCAGGUCAAACCAGACUCCCAGGACAGGAGAGACCUGGUGGAGGUGACUGUGUCUGGGUCAAAGCCUCCAGAUAGCCAAAGUCAGAAGGUGACAGGAGAGGGAGAAGCAGGAGCAGAAACUUAUGGGGGAGACCAGAAGAUGUGCUGUGGAUUUUUCUUCCAGGAUGAUAUGAAAGGGGAACAGGACAUGGCAGCAAAGAAAGCAGCUCUGCUGGAGAAGAGGCUGAGGAGGGAAAAGGAGGCACAGGAGAAGAAGCAACAGCAGGAGCUGGACCAGGAGCAGAAUAAGGAAGCUGCACGGUUGAAAGCAGAGGAGGAGCAGCAGAAGAAGGAUGACGAGAAAGAAAGGAGGGAAUACAUCAAGCAUGAAUAUAUGAGGAGGAAGCAACUCAAGCUGAUGGACGACAUGAACGAAGUCAUCAAGCCCCGAUCUGGAAGUCUCAAGAAGAAGCCAAGGCCCAAGUCCAUCCACAGGGACGUCAUGGAGUCGUCGACUCCCCCUGUUAGAGCAACAGGAGUUCGUCCUCGAGGCUUCUCUGUGUCAAGUGUUUCUUUGGCCUCUCUCAAUCUGGCAGACAAUGACAGCAACAAGAUGGAUAACAAGAAGAACAACAGGCCAGACUCUGCAGAAGGUUUUUCUUCUUGCCCGUCCGCUGGGAGUCGUAACGGAGAGAAGGACUGGGAAAACGAUUCUACCACCUCCUCCACUCCCUCCAACACGGAGUACACAGGACCUAAAUUAUACAAGGAGCCCAGUGCCAAGUCCAACAAGCACAUCAUCCAGAAUGCUUUGGCUCACUGCUGCCUGGCUGGCAAGGUUAACGAAGGGCAGAAAAACAAGAUACUUGAUGAAAUGGAGAAAUCUGAAGCCAACAACUUCUUGGUGUUGUUCCGUGACGCCGGCUGCCAGUUCAGGUCCGUGUACACCUACUGCCCUGAGACAGAAGCGAUCACCAGAUUGACCGGCAUCGGGCCGAGGAGCAUCACAGCCAAGAUGAUUGAGGGCCUGUACAAAUACAACUCAGACAGGAAGCAGUUCAGCCAGAUCCCAGCCAAAACCAUGUCCGCCAGUGUGGACGCCAUCACCAUUGCCAGCCAUCUGUGGCAGACCAAGAAGCAGGGGACGCCCAAAAAACUGCACACUAAGUAGUGGCAGAUGGCUGGGCACCAUUUGGACAUGCCUUUUGGGAAAUACAAAAGAAUUUGUGGAUUUUCCUUCUUUGUUUUUUUUAAGGGGCACUGUUGUAAUUCACAACUGGAAUGUAGAACACAAGUGGGCCUCACAGACGUUUUUUUGAGAUAAUACAGAGCUGACUGUGACACUUAAAUGGGGCACAAGUGUGUACGUGUCAGCAUGUGUAUCAAUGUUCUCGUGUGCCAAAAAAAGAGAAGAAAAUAAUAGGCGAACGGAUGCCUUACCUAGUUGAACCACUGAAGCACUGAAUGUCACGCCUCUGAGAGAGGCCGUUUGGUUUCUAUAAGUUGAUCAUGUGUGGCCUUAUGCUUGUUUUGUGUUAUAUGGAUGCGCUGUGAGUGUUGGUGUCAUUUUGUCAGCGACAGUCUGUUGUGAUAUAGGAGAGGUUGUGUGUACACAUAGGUCUGGGAUCAGAUUACAACGCCUCAAGCCCAGAUCGUGCAAAGGGUGGCCUGUCUGAUCAGGGAUCAGGUAAAGGCAGCAUUUUCUGAUGAGUCCUGCUGCUUUACAGGCAUGUUUUUGUGUUUUGUUUUUUGUUUUUUACAUAUGACUGAAAACCUAUAAACAGUUCCAAUUUGUGUAUGUGUGUGUAUAGUGAAGUGCCAUGAAGAGUGAGGAAAAUACCUCAUUUUUUGUGAUUGCAAUUACUUUCCACAAGUGUGAAAUGAUGAGAUUGUUGAACAUACGGAGUACCAUCGAACAGUUCUGGAAAGCACCUGCAAUAAACUCUAAUUUAUUUCAUUUGAAUAAUGCUUUGAAGAUAUUUUAAAAAGGCGUCUUAGAUUUUAUUCAGAGAAACAUAAUAUACAGUACGUAUAUAAGUUAAAUUAGUUUGUAUAUAAUGGCAGUUCCAUUCACAAAGUCAGCUUGUAGUAGCUUUUAUAAUUUAUCACCUGUGUGUAUAAGUAUGUUGUCGUUUGGGGCCUUUUAUUGUGCUGCAAACACAAAAAAGUGUGAUCACUCAACAGUGUCACUGAUAAGACGAUCAUCAGUAGUAGAAAUGACAGAAAUCCCUCACUGUGUCAUCAGUCUGUGCAAUCGAAGUAAUCACCAUUGACCAUGUUGCAGUUUAAACUAACAAAUACUCAAAAAUGUCACUUUAAUGUGCAUAUUGUCUUAACUAGUAGAUCUUGAUUACCGUCAAAGUAGUCCACAAUUGUAAAUAAAUGACUUCACCUGUAAUAGCACUUCAAGACCCCAGUCCCCUUCCCACUGUCCCCGUCGUCCAGUCUGAUCAAAGAUGUUUCCACUUCAUGACUGUUGUGCUUGUUACUUUUACAUUACUGUUACACUUUUAUUAUGCUUUCCUUGAGUAUGUGUUGACACUGUACAGAUAUAUUUUGGCAUAUAGAAGUAUUUUUUGUAACGACAUUUACCCGUUGGAGGUGUGUACGUUUGAGGCAGUGAAGUAGUUGAAGGAAGUGUGUUGAAAGCGACGUGUAGCUGGAGAGAGGUGAGGUGUAAAGUCUCAUUCAAGGCUUUAUUGUGGAAAAGUAUCAAAUCCAGUAAGUAUACUGAGAAAAAUCAUAGUAUUUUUUUCCAACUCUGAACUCAUUUUCCUUUCAUUUUACUGAAUAUGGUCAACUGUUCAUGGAUUUUUUGUUUAGUUUUUUCUAUUCCUUUGAGCUUUAU